UAGUAACUUGAGAAAGUUUGUUUGUUUUUAAGUUUAGACUCCCUUGGAUCUUACCCAAAAUAUCAUAGUCAAGUGGAUUUUCUUCUUGCUUCACACCUACUUAAUAUAAAGGAAACCAAAAUACUGACUAGGUUGUAUACAUCUGACUGAGACACUGACAACGUAUUUUUUGCAAUCUGUUGAUCCUUUCCAGUAACAAAAGCCUCUUUAUCAUGGUUUUCCAGUUAUCCUCUCCCACUACCUCAAGAAACUUAUGCUCAGCUAAACUAAACAGAUCACCAUGUCUUCAAAGAAAUUCUCGUCACACACUUCUGCUAAACUUGAACUCUCAGACCUUGAAGAAUCCAAGAAUAUUAAGGUGGGGAGGUGGAAAAAUGAAAGGAUUCCAGGCCCUUCUCAACAACUAAACCCAUGUCACUCUUCAUAUUCUGUUCAAUAUCAGCGUUAUGGUGGUAACACUGAAAGAAAGGGGAUAAGUUACUGCUCUCCUAUUCUAACAGCACGUCAGCAUGUGUUUGAUUAUUCUUGUACUCAGGAGAUGCCACUACUGCACCUUCAUUCUCCUCAACAUUUUCCUUCAAGUUGUUCUGUGUUUCCAGUGCCACAAACAGCUUCUCAGACUAUAUGGACAAGAUCUCUCCCUCCAAGGUUACUCUCAAGCAUGUAUUUUCCUAACACGCGUCAUACCAGCUUUCCAAUUAUCAGACAGGUGAGUGCGUCAAGACACCCUUCGUUUGCUCACAACCUCAUCCCUCUACAGAAGGUGAUUGCCUUUCAGCAGAGAAGACUACUUCACAGUGUUAGACAAACCCACUUUGGACAAUGGCAACUUCUAACAACAGGACUAUCUUCUUGUGUGAAAGGAAUCAGGGACUGCACAUCAAAAAGGGAAAAGAGGAAAAAAAAGCUUGAAAGUGCAUAUAGGCAAGUAGAAGAACGACUUCACAUUCCACUCCAAACAGAUGACUCGCCUGUUUUCUUUAAAAAGAACAUUCAGUGUGAUCAGCCUGUCUGUGGACUGGAAGACAUACUUAGCAAUUCAGCAGAAAACUUUGAUUCUGUACUGAUAGAUCAAAGUAUCAGCUCAUUAUCAUCCACUGCUGAUUUUCAUUACUAUGCUUCCACCCAUAAAUGGCCAGCAAACACAAGAGAAACUGGAACUAACACUGUUGACCUAGCAGUUUUGCAGCCCAAAUCUACUACUGUGUUAAGCGGAGAUGAUGUAGAACACAGGCUAUUGUUUAAUGCUGACGACUCUGCAAGAUGUUUGCAAUCACCUUUAACUGUCCCUGUAGCACAAAAAUACUUUGCGUCUAAACUCGCAGAGAUGGAUGCUCAACUGACUACUUUACAGAAUAUUUCUGAAAACAUGGAACUUGAAUUUUACAACACCAGAUUGUUUGUGGAUACAGCUGAAAAGCUAAAUAAGCAGCAACAUUAUGUGAAUCAAAAAUAUCUAGGAACAGGAAUUUUAGCGAAGAAAAAAGAUUUUAAAAUAAGGUCAAAACCACAAAUGUUAACAAAGAAUUCUUUGCAACCUCAAAAGUUAAGAAAUAUUUACAAUAUUCUUAAUGACCUUGAAACAGAAAGCACAUUUCCAGCAUCAGAACUGGACCUACCUCAAAAACAAACAAGACAAGUGAAGCGAAUUUGUCACCUAUACCAAGGGGUUAGCAAAUCUAGGCACCAGAGAGAAGAAAUCAGAGAAUGGAUGAAAAGGAAAUAUAAACAAAGGCAAGCAGAAUAUCGCAGACAACUUGAUGAGAAAAGGAAGAAUGAACACCAUCCAUUCACCCCUACUGCAAAUGUCAGCACUGAAGAUAUCAAAAUUAACAACAUCAUUAAAGGCGUGAAAGAUAAAAUAGUUUCUGCAGAACAUCAUAGUCAUCGAAAAAUGGAAGCAGUUAAACUAAUGAAGGAAAUUGUGUCUGAUGCGAUGCAACUUACGACAUACACACAGAAUUCAGUGACAUCCAAAUCUAGGAGGUUUGUCCAGAGUCCAAAAAGAAGGGCAGCAAGAAGGAGACAUUGACUGCUUGGGCCAGAGGUCUUCUUUUCUAUGAAGAAUCAAGCCAAUAUUAGCUGUGCAACUCUGAGGAACUUGGCAGGUGAAGAGUAAUGCUAAAUGAUACAAAGUUAAGUCAAAAUAAAGCAUUUAUUAUAAAUAUAUAUAGGGGAAGGUUAGCUGCAAAGUAGUAAGAAAUGACAAAAACAGAAAUCUUCUUGAAACGUACUAAUAUUCUCUUCAUCUUUAAACUGUUUGACUGUUAUCUAGCAACACAACAGCUUUUGCUUAGGGAAUUGAUGUAGUACCACCCAUAUCAUUUUCCUAAACUUUUUUUGUAAUUUUCAUUCUCCAUAUUCAGUCAAUGCCACUGCUUUAGCAAAUAUUCAAAACAUAUACAAUAAUCAACUGUAAGUGAGCAAAAACAUUGUUUUUUUUAGUUAAUUCAAAUAAUUGGAUUAAUGGAGUGAAACUAGAUGGCACUUCCAGACAUUUACUUUAGUGGUACUAGGGGGCUUUGCACCCUGCUCACUUUGCUCGCCAACCCCUGUGCUUGUUG